AUGUCCGAUUCAGACGAUGAAUACGUCGCCCACGCUUCGGAUCAUGACCUCGACGACGUCUUAGACGAGGACGACGAUGACGAUGACGAUGAGCUCGAUGCUCGCCCCUCUGCCUCUGGCCCCCGGCGUCGUCGACCAGCAGCAGCACCAGCAGCAGCAACGACUAGGUCGUCGCGAGACGCCAGGAAGAAGCAAAAGGGCCGUGGUGGUGCUGAGUGGGAGGUGUCCAGGACUUGGGAGACGCUGGUUGAAAGCGCGGAUGGCACCAUCAGCGCUACUGUGGAGGAUCUGCUGGGGGCCGGGAAAAGGAAACGACUACUCCGCGACACCACCCCGCUCCAACGCGGCAUCAUCAGACAUCUCAUCCUGGUCUUAGACCUCUCCUCUGCCAUGGCCGAAAAGGACCUCCGUCCCACCCGCUACCUCCUAACCCUCCGCUAUGCCCAGGAGUUUGUCCUCGAGUUCUUCGAGCAGAACCCCAUCUCCCAACUAGGCGUGCUGGGCAUGCGCGACGGCUUAGCUGUGCGCAUCAGCGACAUGAGCGGCAACCCCACCGAUCAUAUCAUGGCUAUCCAGGCCCUCCGUCCCAAGGACCCCAAAGGCACGCCAUCUCUGCAGAAUGCGUUAGAGAUGGCCCGUGGUGCGCUUUUCCACACACCAACCCAUGGCACACGCGAAGUCCUUAUCAUCUUCGGCGCCCUACUCUCCUCUGACCCUGGCGACAUCCACCAAACCAUAACAGCGCUAGUCGCAGACAAAAUCCGCAUCUCUAUAAUCGGACUCGCAGCGCAAGUCGCCAUCUGCCGCGACCUGUGCGCCCGCACAAACAACGGCGACGACACCGUCUACGGCGUCGCCCUGAACGAACAGCAUUUCCGCGAACUAUUCAUGGAUGUCACAGCCCCCCCCGCCACAACUGUCGCUCCCACUUCCACACCCACAGCUUUCUCGGCAAAUGGCCCCAAAACAACAACUACUAGCACGACCACCAGCUCCCUCCUCAUGAUGGGCUUCCCCUCUCUAACCCUCACCACAACGCCUACCCCAAGCCUCUGCGCCUGCCACUCCAAACCCUCGCGCGCCGGCUACCUUUGUUGCCGCUGCAACGCAAAAGUCUGCACCCUGCCUUCCUCCUGCCCCUGCUGCGGGCUCACCCUCAUCCUCUCCACCCACCUCGCCCGCUCCUACCACCACCUCUUCCCGCUGAUGAAUUGGGUCGAGGUGUCCUGGCGCCGCGCGGCGAGGAAGCGAAGCGCCAGCUGCUUUGCGUGUGGUGUUGGGUUUCCGCGGAUGCCGAAGCUGGUUUCCGGCGAGCCGGAGGAGACUGCCAAAGCCGCCGUGGGAGUUGGCGUUAGCGUUAGUGGCCGAUAUGAGUGUCCGGUUUGCGAGUGCCAUUUCUGUAUUGAUUGCGAUGUAUUUGCGCAUGAGGUUGUGCAUAAUUGCCCGGGGUGUCAGAGUGGGGUUGUGAAGCAACAGCGAUUGAAUGGGAAUGGAGUAGCUGAUGAGAUGGACACCGGCUAG